UUUUGUUUUGAUUUGAGUGAACACACACCUACGAACAAACCCAACCCCGAAUGGCACAGAAGCAGCACCUCCUUCUGGAUCUAUCCCAAAUCUCAAUCUCCAAACCCUAGAACAUUCAACUCUCCCCCGUUCCCUUUCAAAAACCUUCCCUUUCCACUCUUCCGCCGCGAUUCGAUCUCCGGGCUGCCUUCCUUUCCGCGAUUUCGAUCUGAAACUCGAGGUUGCGGAAUUCGGAAAUUGACAUUGAAGUGUUCAAUUGGCACUGUCAAUGCCAUUGGUGUGGUUUGUGAAGAAUUUUUCUGUGGUUUUUUGAUACCGGAAAAACACAAUGUCUUGGGCAGGCCCUGAGGAUAUUUACCUUUCUACUUCACUUGCCAGCUAUCUUGACAAGAAACUUCUUGUAUUGCUGAGAGAUGGUAGAAAGCUCAUGGGAACACUUCGCUCUUUUGAUCAAUUUGCUAAUGCAGUUCUUGAGGGUGCUUGUGAGAGGGUUAUUGUUGGUGAUCUAUACUGUGACAUCCCUUUAGGUCUUUAUGUGAUCCGGGGGGAAAAUGUUGUUCUAAUUGGUGAGCUGGACUUGGAGAGGGAGGAACUUCCCGAACAUAUGACACGUGUUUCUACCGCAGAAAUCAAGAGGGCACAGAAAGCAGAAAGGGAAGCUUCAGAUCUGAAAGGGACUAUGAGGAAAAGAAUGGAAUUCCUUGACUUUGACUAAUCAACCCUCACUCAUCCUUCACCUCCCCGUCCGCAAAUAUUAUAGCGGCUGUUCUUCAGAUAUUUCGUUUUGUUUUUCUCUGCUUAUUGUUGCCUUUCAUGGGAGGGUUGAAUGUUCUUGAAUUGUCUUUUGUAAUAUUAGCCGCAGGAAUCAAUACUAUCAUUCAUUUGCUUUUAAAAAAAUUGCCAAUUAAUAUAGCUUGUUUUCAAUUCGUAAACGACAUUCUGAUUAGGGGAUGAUAGGCUUCAAGUUGUGCAAAAUAGUUAUGUUUUAAACUCAAUGUUUUUGCAACCUUGCA